GCGACAAACCUCGGAUGCACAACUGAUGCUCUUCACCCCCCCCCCUAAUACCCCCCCACCCCCCCGCAAAAAAGAAACCCUCGAUCAGCGGGAGGAGAGGAUUUUCCAAUCGAGCGUCGUGAGGAAUCCAACGAAAAAAGAGCAAAGGGAGACUAAAAAAUAAAUAAAUCUGGAUCUCAAACUUCCCAAGAAACCGCAGAUCCCGCCGGUUCGAGUGAGUGUGCGCGCGUGAGAUCGGGGCCCUGGUGCGAGUCGCGGGGCUAUGGUGAGGCCAUGUGCACGGGCCGGUGUGAGGAGAGACGUUCCGGCUUCAGUGGAAGAAGACAGCGAGGCAAGGGAGUGGAUCUUCAGUCGUGGCUGCGUGUGUCGCUCCUGCUCUCGGCUCUGUGGGGCCAAGUGUCCCCCCGUUGCCCGGACAGCUGCCACUGCGCCUGGGACACGGCCACGGUGGUGUGCUCCGAGGCGGGGCUCCGGGAGAUCCCGGAGGGGAUCCCGCCGGAGACCGUCUCCCUCCACCUGGAGCGCAACUACAUCCGGAACAUCCCGGAGGGGGCCUUCAGCGAUCUGGUCCACCUGCGGGACCUCCACCUGUCCCACAACCGCAUCGACUCGCUCGCCUCGGGGGCCCUGCGGCACCUGGGGCCUGAGCUGCGCCUGCUGGACCUCUCGCACAACCAGCUGAGGCAGGCCAGCAGGGAGGAGUUCGGCUCCACCCGCGCGAAGACGCGCCUCUACCACAACCCGUGGCACUGCGACUGCGCCCUCCAGGAGCUGAUGGAGACCCUGAACCUGGAGCCGGAGACGGUGAACGGCAUCGUGUGCGAGAGCUCCGUGAGGGGGUUGGGCGAGGGGAGCCGGUGGGAGGACCCGGGGUCACAGGGCGAGAACGCCGGCCAGCAGCUGGUCAAACUGUUGGAUUCCGGGGUGAAUUUCUGCAGCCUGCAGAGGAAAACCACGGACGUAGCAAUGCUGGUGACAAUGUUCGUGUGGUUCUUCAUGGUGAUCGUGUACGUAGUGUACUAUGUGAGGCAGAACCAGGCCGAGGCCCGCAGGCAUUUGGAGUACCUGAAGAGUUUGCCCAGCCCACGCAAGACCCCCACGGAGACAGACACUCUGAGCACUGGUUUCUGAACGCCUGCUCGGCUGUUAUUUAAACGGAAAAAUGGAAAUGCUGUGUGGAAUAACUGGGAGAUGCUGAGAACGCAAACCUUUUACAGCUGCGAUUGAUGGUAUUUGCAUCAACUGAACUGUUACAACUGAUCUCCUCUAAUAUGUAUGUACUUUAUGUGCAUUGUUCUUCAUUUCAUGAAAUAUAUUUGUAUAUUUUUUCUACCAUGUGCAUUGAGAGAAAAGAGUGGGAAUUGAAAAACAAAAAAUUGCAGCUGAAAUGAAAGAAGAAAGAAAAUUCUUUGAAGUUUAGGACCCUCUAUCUCACUACAGCCCCUCUUUCCUUCUCUUUUCAUCACCCACCUUGCCACAGUGUGGUCUUUCAUGUUUCAUUAAACUCAAAUUAAGAGACGAACUGACCCCUAAUGAAGACUUGAAAGUCACUGAUCAGCUGAAGUGGGUACCGGGACAAAAAAGAAUGCAAAUUUUAAAUAUGUGGCCUCAUCUGACUGCCUGUUUCGUUUGUGCAUUGAAGUGUUUGUGCUUUGCACGGGGCCAUUUUCCCUCACAUCACAUCAACCUAGACCACAUAGCCAGUGGCUUCUGUGCCGGUCCAGAACUGAUCUAAAUUUAGUGUCAUCAGAGGUGGAGUUGAACUCUUUCGUCGACUAGCUGCAGCAAUCAGCGAUGAAAUAUCUGGACGGCCAAGUGUACACUCAGCUCGUCCACUGAUUAAUAUAAAAAAGUCUCCGCCAGAUUUAGAAAUGGAUCAUUGUUAUAAAUUAGAUUAGCGUUGCCAUUUAUUCUGAGAGAAGCUGUUUAUUUUUAAUUCAUCUCUUGAGUUUUUGCCGUCCUCUCUUCACUGAUCGCUAUGUGCAAAUUGUUCUGUGUCCCAUUUAUAGUUUAGGCUUCAUCAUAAUUGAUUUUUUUUCAAUCCACUGUCAGAAUGGGCAAAACACUUUGAUAAUACGUUGAAUCAUUUUCUCAGCUAGUACAUUUAAUGGCUGCAAUUGGAAGAUUAAUGCCAUGCCUCUCAUGUAUACUAAAAAAAACCUUAAUGGAUUCAUAGCCAUUUUGCAUUAGUUCAACUUAUAUUGCAAUUUACUGUGGCACAGUGUGUCGCGUUAUUCUCUGCAGGGCCGGUGGAUCGGGUGGUUGAUGUAUUCCCUGGUACAUGGUAGAUACUGAAAGGCCUCUUGAAAGCCUGCAACACAUAAUGGGUGUUUAGGUCGGCAAGAAUUCAGUUAUUCAAUCGGAGGGUUCACGAGAUUAUUGACCGGAUAUUAAAGCAGAAGAAACAUUGCGGGUCUGAAGCAGCCCCCUCUCUGUUUAACGGGUCACAAGCCAAAUAGGUCUCGAGCCGCUGGUGUAAGAGGAUGUUAUUUAGCCACGUUAGUAGCGUGACUCUAGAAAUGACAAUAUCGGUCUGUCCGUUAUCAACUGAAUUUGGUGCAGACAUUAACUUUAGCGUUCCCCCUAAUUUUUAAGCACCGUCAUUAGUUUAAAAAAGACAUUUGUCCCAUACUUUGGUUUGUCCCAUCGCUUCAACUCUAGGUUACUUUGUGUUGUGUGCGUGCAAAUGUUAGCAUGCUUACUUGUAAACUUAGGAGGUAAACGGCAGUGAGGUUAACGGUUCGGUGAACAUUGUACCUACUAAACAUCAUUGUGAGCGUGUUAGCAUGCUGCCGUUAGCGUUUAGCUCAAAACACUGCAGUGCCUCCGUGGUUCUUAUUCGUGCGUCUUUAAUCUGGUCCAAAUUAAAUUGUGCGAUUACGACUUAAGUGUUCAUAGAUGUAAUAAAACGUUAUUGUGCCACAUUUAAUCUAAAAAUUGGAUUGGAAAACGGUAGGAGCUGAGGCAAAAUGAAGAAUUAGACAGCCGUCUGUGUACUUUAAUGUGCUAAAUGUGAAAAUUUGUGUUGUCAUGAAGAAAUACUGUGAAUUAGAAUCAUUAACCUGUGAGUAGAACAAUAUGAUACGUAUGUUGUUAUGAUGACCAGCUGAUCUUAAAACCCAGAUUUGGGUUCACCACAGGUGGAAAGAUUAGAAUAAGAAGUUUGGCGUUUGUUCUGUCUGUGCAUAAACUGUCUGACUGUGAAACACUGUAGUGUAUCUUUACAUACUCUGAAUAUUACCCGGCAAUCCCAAAUCUCCUGCUGAUGUAUUUGAAGUUCCCCCAAAUGCAUCUCUCUCUCAUCCCUCUUGAGCCAACCUGGAUUUAAUAAGGUGAAUUGAUACAGAUAAACCCAACCAAGCAUGCCCUCUGUGAAGUUUAUUUUCUUCUUAUUGGUGAUGUAUUUCUGGCACAGUGAUAGAUUUUUACUCCUGUUUGUUUGAUAAUAAUUAUUCAAACAAUAAAGUCACAUAUUGGAAAUGAAAUUGAAUAAUAAGCAAUAUAUCUAACUGAAUUUAAGAAAAUAAUUAAGAUUUCAAUUUUCAAGGUUUAAUAGAAGAACAGGAAGACAACUAUUGACAGUGUUUCCUGUGUCUACAAUUAGUUUAAACUGAAGGAAAUAACAGAAAAACUAUUUGACAUAUCCAAAAGUACCUGAUCUUUCUCUCCCACCACGUUCAACUCUGACAUGGUUUGAGAACUCUUUGUCUCUUUGGUUUCCACACAUUUCCACCAACAAAAGCAAAAUGCCCCCUGCAUUUAUUUAUCCCUCCACUGCCUUUUCUCGGAAGUCAUUUUUCCUCCUGGAAAUAUAUCAACAUACAGUGGAAGCAGGACAUGAAAUGUUUAUGUUGGACUUAGUUUUCCUCGGGAAAGAGUCAAAACUACCCUAGAUUUAGAUGUGGAGAACAAAACAGGAUACAAAUAAAAAGUGCUUUCAGCCUG